UUCCUCCCUCCCUUCAGCUUAGUUGCAGAAAGGUGAACAGAAGAAGGUAAAUCAUUGUCACCACAUCACUAUUGGCUUAAGAGAAGCAGGUAAAUAAAGGACCUGGCAUUAUUCUGACUAGGACCAGAUUCCUUCCUUCCUGCAAGGUCACCAAGGGGAAGGGUAGUGAACAGAAGAAGGCACAUCACUGUUACCACAUUACUUUGAUUCGUGAGAAGUAGAAAUAAACCAGUUUCAAAAUGUACUCCAACAAGACACAGCAAUUACUGAAAUCAGGUAUAAGUCCCAGUCAGGGAAGUGGAGGCUCUCAGAUGAGGAGAAAAGCUCUUCUGCAAGACAACAGCUGGAUUAAGAAAUAUAGAGAAGAUGAACCAGAAGAUGAGGAUCCUAACUAUGGAAGAGAUGUCUUGGGUAGCCUUAAAACAUGGAACAGCACAGAAAGCAAGCCUGCAGGUGCUAAACAGAGCACAGCAAACUUAAACACCUCGGUUAGCUCAUUCACUAAGAGGUCCAGUGAGAGUCAGGACUUUCUGAAUAAAAAAAACACUCCUACCGGCACCAAGCCACCAGUCCCUGACAAGAAAACUUCUCUUACAACCCAAUCAAACAGUUUUACAGCUCUGGUGUUCUCAGGUGCAAACUCAAGUGAAAAACUGAUCAACCCUGUUAAAAACUCUAUGGAUGAGAAAGAUGAACUGCUUCCAGCAUAUAAAGAAGUCCCUGAUGGUUUCUGUGAUACACAAACAAGUAAACUUGCAGUAUUAAGACAGAGAAAGACAGCUGGUCCAACUGUUGAAUUCUUGAAUUCACAUGUAUCCCAAACUCUGCACUCACCAAUCAAUCCAACACCUGUACCUUCAACAGCAUCCAGGAUUAUCAGUAAAAGGGAUCUCUGCACAUUCUGUGCUAAAAGCAUUAUUGAGGGAGAAAGGAUUAUUUUGGAUGACUUUCAAAUCUUCAGUCACACCUUCUGCUUCAAGUGUGACAUGUGUUAUCAUGCUCUUGGAAAUCUGGAAGCAGGUGACAGUCUGUGGGUGCACAGGGGAAGGGUGAUUUGUGCAAACUGUUAUAUAAAGACCAAAGAUCAGUGGUAUCGCUGAAGACAUGAAUCAAUUUGGACCCUUAAAAAAGAAAUAUAUAUACACUAACCUUCUGAGUUUCUGGCGUCUUUGAUGUUUUUACAUGGGGGAAAAAGAAAGAUGUAUAGGCUCUUUUCUGUCUCUAUACAACGUUUCUUGAAAUAUAUAAAUAAAUACAUAUACAGUAAUCUGAAAUCUGAAAAACUAGGUAUACAGUGGGAAUCAAAAUUGUUAAUCAUUGCUUGCAUGAAAAUUGCAGGCUGGAGAACUAAUUGUGAUUUUUUUUGUUGGUAAAUCUAUUAAAGAAAAUCAGCUACCAAAUAAAAAUUGUUUUGCAUCA